UCUGGGCGCGGCGGGGGUGGCCGCUGGACAGCGGCGGCGGACGCUCGCGUAGACGGUCUGGGGCCAUGGUGGUGGUGGCAGCCGCGCCGAGCCCGGCGGACGGGGCCCCCAAAGUACUUCUUCUGUCCGGUCAGGCCGCCGCCGCCGCCGGAGCCCCGGCCGGCCGGGCGCUGCCGCUCAUGGUGCCGGCCCCGAGAGGGGCCAGCCCCGAGGGGGCGAGCGGGGAGCCACCCCAGGCGCGCAAGCGACAGCGCCUCACGCACCUGAGCCCCGAGGAGAAGGCGCUGAGGAGGAAACUGAAAAACAGAGUAGCAGCUCAGACUGCCAGAGAUAGAAAGAAAGCUCGAAUGAGUGAGCUGGAACAGCAAGUGGUAGAUUUGGAAGAAGAGAACCAAAAACUUUUGCUAGAAAAUCAGCUUUUACGAGAGAAAACUCAUGGCCUUGUAGCUGAGAACCAGGAGUUAAGACAGCGCUUGGGAAUGGAUGCCCUGGUUACUGAAGAGGAGGCAGAAGCCAAGGGGAAUGGAGUGAGGCCGGUGGCCGGGUCUGCUGAGUCCGCAGCACUCAGACUACGUGCAUCUGCAGCAGGUGCAGGCCCAGUUGUCACCCCUCCAGAGCAUCUCCCCGUGGAUUCUGAUGGUGUUGACUCUUCAGACUCAGAGUCUGAUAUCCUGUUGGGCAUUCUGGACAACCUGGACCCAGUCAUGUUCUUCAGAUGUCCUUCCCCAGAGUCUACCAGCCUGGAGGAGCUCCCAGAGGUCUACCCAGAAGAACCCAGUUCCUUACCGGCCUCCCUUUCUCUGUCAAUGGGGACGUCAUCAGCCAAGCUGGAAGCCAUUAAUGAACUAAUUCGUUUUGACCACAUAUAUACCAAGCCCUUAGUCUUAGAGAUACCCUCUGAGACAGAGAGCCAAACUAAUGUGGUAGUGAAAAUCGAGGAAGCACCUCCUAGUCCCUCAGAGAAUGAUCACCCUGAAUUCAUUGUCUCAGUGAAGGAAGAACCUGCAGAAGAUGACUUCAUUCCAGAGUUGGGUAUCUCAAAUCUGCUUUCAUCCAGCCACUGCCUGAAGCCAUCUUCCUGCCUACUGGAUGCUUAUAGUGACUGUGGAUAUGAGGGCUCCUCUUCCCCCUUCAGUGACAUGUCCUCUCCGCUUGGUGUAAACCAUUCUUGGGAGGACACUUUUGCCAAUGAACUCUUUCCCCAGCUGAUCAGUGUCUAAGGAAUGAUCCAAUGCUGUUGCCCUUUUUCUUGACUAUCACUGCCUGGAGGUUAGCAGAGAAGCCCAUCUGUGCUUCAUUCAAAAAGCCAAAGUAGAGAAUGUAAAGCCCUAGAGCAUUCCUCUAAAGUAUUUGUCUGUUCAAAUCUCAUAGAUGACCCCAAAUACUGUCUUUUGACAUCUGGCAGUACAAAGUAUUCAGAUACAUUACUAUAAAUCAGAACUAUAGCUUUUGAGGUUAUACUUUUAAGGGUGGUAGUUUGCCCUAAAGUACUUAUGUAAGGGUCAUUGCACAAGUGUCUUAAAGCAGACAUGGGAUUUAUGAAUGGCUCUUUAUCAUUUCUCUUCCCCCUUUUUGGCAUCCCAGGCUUGCCUCCAAUUUUAGAUCCUUUAGUUUGCUACUGCAAGCAGAGAGAACACCUAUCUGAGGGGGCUCCUUCUCCCUCAUGGACAGUUCAAGGAAAGAUCAAGAAUCUUUUGUAAAAUUAUGGAAAUUUACUAUGUAAAUGCUUGAUGGAAUCUUUUCCUGCUAGUAUAUCUUCUGAAAGGUGCUUUCUCCAUUUAUUUAAAACUACCCAUGCAAUUAAAAAGUGCAAUGCA